AUGUAUUCAUGUUUAUGUCUGGGUCGCUCCUUCCUUUUUCCUGUCCUUUCUUCCCAUUUCUUACCUUCUAUUAUUCCUUCUUUCUUUCCUUUCUUUUUUCUUUCCAUAUUUUCUUUCCUCGUUUCAUUUUACCUUCGUUUAUUCCAACAGAUGUUUGCUUUUCGUUCCUUCCUUUCCUUCCUUCAUUUCUUUCUUCUUUCCUUUCCUUUCUUCCAUCCUUCCUUCAUUUGCUUCCUUCCUUUCUUUCCUGCUUUACUUCCUUUCUUUCUUCCUUCCUUAUUUCCUUCCUUCUUUCCUUCCUUCUUUCCUCCCUUGCUUUCCUAUCCUUCCUUCCUUCCUUCCUUCCUUUUCUUCCCUCCUUUCUUUCCUUUCUUCCUUCCUUACUUCCUUCUUUCUUUCUUUCUUUCUUUCUUUCUUUCAUUUCUUCCUUCCUUCCUUGUUUUUCUUUCCUUUCUUUCUUCAAUCCUUUCCUUCAUUUCUUCCUUCCUUUCCUUUCUUCCUUCUUUCCUUUCCUUCCUUCCUUCCUUCCUUUUCUUCAUUCCUUGCUUUCCUUCUUUCUUUCUUUCUUUCUUUCUUUCUUUCUUUCUUUCUUUCUUUCUUUCCUUACUUGUUUUUCUUUCCUUUCUUCCUUCAUUCCUUUCUUUCCUUCCUUCCUUGAUUCUUUUCCAUUCUUUCUUCCUUCAUUUUCUUCCUUUCUUCAUUCCUUGCUUUCCUUCCUUUCCUUUCCUUUCCUUUCCUCUCCUUUCUUCUUUCCUUCUUUCCUUUCCCUCCUUCAUUUCCUUCCUUUCAUUCCUUCGUUCCUUCCCUCCUUCCUUUCUUUUCUUCCUUUCUUUACUUUCUUCAUUCCUUUAUUUCCUUCCUUCCUUCAUUUGUUCUUUCCCUCCUUCCUUUCUUUUCUUCCUUCCUUCCUUCUUUUCUUCCUUCCUUCCUUUCUUUUUCUUCCUUUCUUUUCUUCCUACCUUUCUUUUCUUCCUACCUUUCUUUUCUUCCUUCCUUUCCGUUCUUCUUUCCUUCCUUCCUUCCUUCCUUAUUUCCUUCCUUCCUUCCUUCCUUUCAUUCAUUCGUUUCCAUUCUUCUUUCUCUCAUUUUCUUCCUUCCUUUCUUCCUUCAUUCCUUUUCUUCCUUCCUUUCCUUCUUUCAUUUCCUUUCUUUCCUUCCUUCAUUUCCUUUCUUCUUCAUUCCUUUCCUUCCUUUCUAACUUCCUUCCUUUCCUUUCUUUCUUCCUUCCUUUCUUUCCUUUCUUCCUUUACUUUCUUCCUUCGUUUCUUUCCUUCCUUCCUUUCCUUCAUUUCUUUCAUUUCUUCCAUCCUUCCUUUCCUUCCUCCCUUUCCUUCCUUACUCCUUCCUUCCUUCUUUCUGGCCUAUAUUUUCCAUCCCUUAUCAUUUUCUUAUCUGUCUAUCUAUCAAUCAAUCUAUCUAUUUAGUCUAUCGUAUCUAUCUCUCUUUCUUUCUCUCUCUCUAUAUAUAUUUGUGUCUGUUCAUAUCUAUCUGUUUGUAUCAAUCUCUUCAUAUCUAUCUAUCUAUCUAUCUAUCUAUCUAUCUAUCUAUCUAUCUAUCUAUCUAACCAUGUCUUUGUCUUCAUUCCGCUUUCUGCCAAAAAUUCGCUCUAUUGACCAACCCGGAAAUGUUUUGAUUACCCAAACAACUUUACAAUUUUGCUCGCCAUUAUUUUUUCCUUUUCUUGCAUUCUCCCUUUAUUCUUGGCUUAUUUCUUUCUUCAUCCUUCUUUUGCCUACUCUCUUAUAUCGCUUGUCUUACUCUUUCUUCUAUGCCUCCCCAUCUGUCUCUCGUUUCAUCUUUAUUAUGUUAAUAUCUAUCUAUCUAUCUAUCUAUCUAUCUAUCUAUCUAUCUAUCUAUCUCAUUCUGUUCAUAUAUCUAUCUAUCUAUCUCAUUCUGUUCAUAUCUCUAUCUAUCUAUCUAUCUAUCUAUCUAUCUCUAUCUAUCCUAUCUAUAUCUAUCUCAGUCUGUUCAUAUCUAUCUAUCUAUCUAUCUAUCUAUCUAUCUAUCUAUCUAUCUAUCUAUCUAUCUCAUUCUUCUGUUCAUAUCUAUCUAUCUAUCUAUCCUAGUCUGUUCAUUAUCUAUCUAUCUAUCUAUCUAUCUAUCUAUCUAUCUAUCCUAGUCUGUUCAUAUCUAUCUAUUUAUCUUUCUUUUUUUCUAUCUAUCUAUCUAUCUAUCUAUCUAUCUAUCUAUCUAUCUAUCUAUCUAUCUAUCUAUCGUACUCUGCCUUUUCAUAUCUAUCUAUCUAUCUAUCUCAGGCCUUUUCAUAUCUAUCUAUCUAUCUAUCUAUCUAUCUAUCUAUCUAUCUCAUUCUGUUCAUAUCUGCUGAACUCAUUCUGUUCAUAUCUAUCUAUCUAUCUAUCUAUCUAUCUAUCUAUCUAUCAGUCCUUUUCAUAUCUAUCUAUCUAUCUAUCUAUCUAUCUAUCUAUCUAUCUAUCUAUCUAUCUCAUUCUGUUCAUAUCUGCUGAACUCAUUCUGUUCAUAUCUAUCUAUCGAUCUAUCUUUGACUCUUAA